AUGGCGGCCAUGGAUUUUGUAGCUCCUUUGAUAUUGCUUACCAUCGCCUGUUACUCUCUUAAUAUUCGUACGAACCAAGAUAAAUCAAACAAGAAAUGCUUGUUAAUAACACAGGGAAAGCAUUCGGCGUUCAAUGCAUCCGAAACAAUCGGAUUAGAGGCUCUACAUCGUCUCCGGGUAUCUGCUACAAGGCCCGCCAUCUUGGAUUUAAAACGGCCCAAACUCUUCACGCUUCUGUCCUUACUCCUGCUGAGUGGUUCUGUCGAGCCAAAUCCUGGGCCUAACUACAAAUUCCCUUGCGGAAUCUGCAGCAAACCGGUACGGAUAAACCAGCGAGGAAUUCAAUGUGACUUUUGUGAUAUUUGGUCUCAUAUUCGUUGCCUGAACAUGAACACGAUUAUAUAUGACGCUCUCGCCAAUUCAUCUUGCGUCUGGGAAUGUUGCGCCUGCGGGAUGCCCAAUUUUUCGAGCUCCCUCUUGGACUCCUUCGCUAUGGUCCAAUGUUCAAACCAGUUCUCGUGUCUUGAUUCCUCUGAUACCACUCUGGGCCCUCCUCUCCUUUCUUCGUCUCCUGGCGAUCAGCAGUAUUCACCCGACUCCACAACAUCAUGUUCUCAAUCAUCUAAACCUAUAAGGAAGCACUCCCUGACUAUUUUGACAGUUAAUUGUCGAAGUUUGAGAAGUGAGAGGAAGAGAUGUGAACUUCAGUCCCUUGUGGAUACCUUCAAACCUGAUAUCAUCAAUGCCACUGAAACUCAUAUUGACGACAAUGUCCUUACAGCUGAACUAGGGCUUCAGGGUUAUGAAAUCUAUCGUCAAGACAGGAAAUGUGGAGGUGGAGGUGUUCUGGUUGCAACAAAUCAGGAUUCUAUUAUAUCUUCUAGAAUCCACUCACUUGAGGAUGAACAUGUUGAGUCUGUAUGGUGCAAAAUUGAAAUUGCUGGCACCAAGCCAUUAUAUAAUGGGUGUAUGUACAGAACCCCAGACCGCCAGCCCGAGUCUAUUUACUACCUAGACUCAACAUUGAACAAAAUCACAUCAAGCCCUUGUUUGCCUAACGUCCUAGUCACUGGAGAUUUUAAUCUACCUGAUAUCUCCUGGGACUGCACGGACUGUGAGAAUAAAUAUAUUGUUAAGGCUAACCCCCAAUAUGGAGUUCUGGUUAAUCAAGCCUUUAUUGAUACCAUCCAUGAACAUUCUCUGUCCCAAGGUGUAACAGAGCCAACUAGAGAAAACAACAUCCUCGAUCUGGUGCUGACAACUAAUCCGGAUCUGAUCUCCAGGACUGAGGUGCUCAAUGGCAUGAGUGACCACAGCAUAGUCCUUUCCACUGUCAAUCUGAAAACACGUACACCCAAGAAAAAACCCCGCAAGGUUUUCUUCUAUAAGAAGGCUGAUGUCUAUGGUCUAAGGGCAGCCGUUGCUAAUGCACUAGCCCCUGAUUGGCAGGAAUGGGACCAGCCUAUUGAAACAUACUGGGCUUUUUUCAAGGACACGCUUUCUAGCAUUAUGGACACUUAUAUCCCUCACAAGCAUUUAUCUGGUCGUUGGAAUGUACCCUGGAUGACCGGCGAAAUCAGAAGAGCCAUUAGGAAGAAGCAAAGGCUCUACAAUAGGGCCAAAACCACACAACGCCAGUCUGACUGGAUGAAAUUUAAAAAGCUCAGAGCCAAAGUCAAAGAACAAUUAAGAGAAUCAUAUCACUCAUAUAUUGCCAACCUGCUCAAACCUCCAGAACAAGACAAAAAGCCAUCUAUGGGUAAACGAUUUUGGUCCUUUGUCAAGUCUAGGCGCAGGGAUACGGUGGGAGUUGCUGGUUUACGAGAAACGCCUGAUGGCAAUGUCAUCACAGACAGCAAGACCAAAGCUGAGAUUUUAAGCAAUCAAUUCAAAUCAGUUUUUACAGUUGAGGACACAUCCAACCUCCCAGUGCUGCCUACAUCACCCUUUCCUGACAUCGCCGAUCUGACACACGUGGUAUUGCUAAGCUCCUAA